UACGCGUCUGGAGCCAGUGUGUACUAGGCACCGCCCACCAGUCCCACAUCAGGCGCUUUUGGACAAGACGUGUUUGGCACGAGCUCCACCAUGAAGACCCUUCUGCUCUUCCUCUUUGUUGCGGUGGCUGCCGUCUACAGCCAAGUUCCAGAAAGAUGCGAAGCACCGCAGGCGUUUGAGUCCAAAAUUGGAAGACUGGACACGAUAAGGGGGUUCUUCCUCCGUGCUAAGGUGUCCUACGAUGCUCGCAACAUGCGGACCCGCGUGAUCGAGGAGGUAGAAACCAGGGAGGAGAGGGACUACUAUGACGUGCUGUAUCUUCACAACACUCAACCUGGAAAGGAAUACCGUUUCAACCUGAAGACCAAGCAGUGCGAGACCACAAUGCUGAACACCACCUUCCGCCGGUUUGAAAUCCCAGACUUCGCCCGUCCGUUGGGAGAGUUCACUGUGGGGACCAAGGGCGAGCCGGGCGAGGGGGUCGACGUGACCCUGUGGGGAGGACGGACUGAGGAUGGGGCUGAUUGGGCUGGCGUCUUCACCCUGGCGGGCUGUGUUCCUGUCAAUGACCGCUACAUCCGCAAUGCCACUAGCUUUGACAAUAUAGAUUUUUAUGACGUGACCCUCGGCAUUGCCAAUGCCAGUGUCUUCAUUCCACCACACGAGUGCAUGCCCUGAGCAUCUGAAGCAACCAACACGACUCUACUGCAGCUGCAGAAGCAAUGUGCUUAAAUCUCUAGUGACAACCACAAUAUCUACCUUUCUUGUCUUUAUUACCAUCACCACUGGUGUGGUUUUUCAUACAUAACCUUUGAGUCCUUAUGAACAUGCAUUAAUGAAGCAUUAUGAAGUAUUUACAAAUAUAUACAAAUGCAUGUGUGACAAGCUUAAUUUUUUGCUAUGUGCAGAGAAAUAAACUAAAUUUUCCCCACUCAU